UCAAAGUCCAAUAUCAGCACUGGUAGAUGUAAGGGAAACUGUCCAUGUUGCAAAAUGUCUAAACCCCCCUUUGUUUUGCUUUUGUUGCCUUGGCCUCGCGAUACCACAACACUCUGGCUUGGCCAUAUAUAUCUGGGUGUCCAAAUUUUUCCACUCUUAUACCGUGUAAAUAGUUUGGGACAGCUAACUGUGGAAAAUGUCUCAGUACUCAGGAAAGAUCGUGUUCUACGAGGGGAAAUGUUUCACGGGGAGGAAGCUGGAGAUCUGCGGCGACUGUGACAACUUCCAGGACCGUGGCUUCAUGAACAGGGUCAACUCGGUGCGUGUGGAGAGCGGGGCCUUCGUCUGUUUCGACCACCCGGACUUCAAGGGCCAGCAGUACAUUUUGGAGCAUGGGGAGUACCCAGAAUUCCAGCGCUGGAAUGCCCAUAAUGAUCACAUGGGCUCCUGCAGGCCAAUCAGGAUGCACGGAGAGCACUACAGGAUGGAGCUGUUCGAGGGCGACAACUUCACUGGCCAGUGUGUGGAGCUGUGUGACGACUGUCCAUUCCUGCAGGCACGAGGCCUGACCAAGAACUGCAUCAACUCCAUUAAGGUCUACGGAGACGGAGCCUGGGUGCUGUACGAGGAGCCCAACUACCGUGGCCGCAUGUACAUUGUGGAGAGAAGAAACUACUGCACCUUCAUGGAGUGGCAGGCAGAGAACCCCAACAUCCAGUCUGUUCGCAGGGUGGCUAACUACUUUUAAGAAGAAGAAGAAGAAGAAAAAAACACACACACACAUCACAGUGACUGAAAGAUGACUUCAAUACAACACUCUGUCUGGUGAUGUGAAAGCUGACUCUGUGGGGUUGUAAAAUAAUAAAAGCUGAAGAAAAUGUU